AUGUCUCGGAAGGCCGACUACCCCGUCGUAGGCUCGUCCGCACCUCAAGACGACGACACUCUUGUGACGGGCGAAGGAGAUGAGGAUAUGGAAGACGCUGAAGAGCAGGAGGAAGGAUACAGCUCCUCCACCCCUACUUCUACCCUGACAUGGAUCAGUUGGUUCUGCACGCUCCCAGGGCACGAAUACUUCUGCGAAGUGGCGGAAGACUUCAUCGAGGACGAUUUCAACCUGACCGGGCUCAAUGCCAUGGUACCGUUCUGGAAAGAAGCGAUGGAGAUGGUUCUGGACAUGGAACCUGACGAGGAGACCACCAAAAUCCCGGACGUAUCAAUUGUGGAAGCUUCGGCCGAACUGUUGUACGGACUGUGCCACCAACGAUUCAUUCUCACAAGGGCAGGAUUGCAGGCCAUGGUCGACAAAUAUGAAGCAGGGGUGUUCGGGUCGUGCCCUCGCGUAUACUGCAAUGGUUGCAAUGUAGUGCCCUGCGGACGAUCUGAUCUUCCAGGAUUGGAUACGGUCAAGCUCUUCUGUCCGAACUGCAGCGACAUUUACACCCCACCCAGCAGCCGAUUCCAAGGCGUUGACGGCGCCUUUUUUGGGACUACAUUCGCACAUCUGUUCUUCCAGAGCUACCGUGAACUCUCUCCGGCACCGUUCUGGAAGCCUUCCUCUCCCUCGUCAACGUCCCCGCGCUCAUCUGCGAGCUCGUCAUCCAAUCAGCCGCCGUUCGUUAACCCAAUUCCUCACGGCGGACAAAAGCGUGCGGCGGGCAAGGUCUACACGCCAAAGAUUUACGGUUUCCGCGUCAGCGAACGCGCAAAGAGCGGCCCUCGUAUGCAAUGGAUGCGGUUGCGACCCGAAAACCCGGAGGAGCUGGAUCUCGUCGACUGGAGAGGCCGAUGGAUAGAUGACGACGAGCAUUACGAUGACGACGACGAGCGCGUAGAUGAAGACCGACCGAUGGAGGACUUUGAUGCCGACGCACAAGACGAUGACGACGAAGAAGAGGAGGAAGAAGAAGAAGAAGGCGGUGAUGUGCCCAUGAAGGGACGUACUGUGUCCAACCAAGCGCCGGACGUGCGGUCGCAGAAUACCACCCACCCACCAUCCUCUCCGGCUUCGACUGGGCCCCCACAAACCCCUCGCGACAUUGUGAAGCUGGCUGCGUCCUCGUCACCAACGGGUGGAAAGCUACGCAUCAUUCGCCAAUGGGUGGAUAGGAGCUCGGGGAACAGGGCGGAAGUGUUCUGA